CCCUCCUCCUCCUCCUCCUCUUCUUCUUCGUCGUCUUCCUCUUCCUCCUGCCUGCACUGAAGCCGGACUCCUCUGCCGGGGAAACUCCACCGACUAUCAGCUGCUUUUUGACGCCGACUACACCCUCCGUCAGCCGGUAAUCUUCCCCCGGUCCUGUCCGGCAGAUCUUACGCAUCAUGGAGGAGUUAGACGUCCCACAGAUGAGGAGAGAGGUGGAGAGCCUUCAGUAUCAGCUGGCCAUCAACAGAGAGAAAUCCUCCAUCACCGUUACUGAGCUGGUGAAGUGGAUCGAGGGUUGUGUGUGUGAGGAUCCAUUUCUGAACCCGGAGCUGAUGAGAGCCAACCCCUGGGUGGAGAAGGGCAAGUGUGUGAUCCUCUAAUGGUCACACACACAAUCACGGAUGCAUUCAAAAUUAAGAAUCGUGCACUCCCACACACACUCACGCUGCACUAACUCUCCUUCACACACAUUGUUGCUUUUAUCAUGUUUAUUUAUUGGGAGACUCCUGAAUGCUUUUAAUUUAUGUGAAGACUACUGUAUGAGUGAGUGAGUGAGUGAGCGUUCAGCACUGAGUAGCUUUCUAGAAGUUUGUUUUGAAGGACCACUGAGAAAUGUUCAACAACACGUUUUUAUUGGCUCUUUACACUGUCAAUCAAAAUAAAGACUGUUUUGAAUUUAA